ACCGAACCAAGAACAGUUUCUAGAACAAGCCCACCGAGCACGUUUUGAUUCUUCAAAAAAGUACGAAAACAACGUUGCAAAGAUGCCGCCUCUCUCUUCAAGCUUCUCUCUUCCUGUGAGCUCUCCGCGCUUCCACACUCUUCCGUGGUCCUCUCUGCUCCCAAACAUCAGCACCGCCAGAAGAAGUUUGGUUCUUGCCAUGGCGUUUUCUUCCUCUGCUUCAUCACCCUCUCCUUCCAUGACCAACCCCAAAGAGUAUUCGCAGGACGAAGAGCUCUCGCAGGUCCUCAAGUACCACAACCAGACCAAGCACUCCUUCACCAGGUAUGCCAGAGGUCCCCACGGCCUCGAUUGGGCCAACCAGCCCAACCCAUUUCGCAGGUACGUCUCUGCGCCUCUCGUCCCUCUCCAACACUUUCCCACUGAAAACCAGAAAGAAAAUACGUCAACCAUUGAAGCCCCUUUGUACUCUUCCAUCUUCCUCUCUCUUCCUCCUCCAAAACCCAUCUCUAUCUCCACCAUUUCUCAGUUUUUCUACGAUUCUUUAGCUCUAUCCGCAUGGAAAACUGCUGGGUUUUCGACCUGGUCGCUCAGAGUGAAUCCCAGCAGUGGUAAUUUACACCCAACCGAGGGUUAUAUUGUUGCACCGCCAAUCGAGUCGUUGUCAAGUUCCGGUUUCGUAGCGCAUUAUGCGCCGAAAGAGCAUGGUUUGGAGAUUAGAGCUGAAAUACCAUCUGGAUUUUUCCCCAAAUUCUUUCCCGAGAAUUCGUUUCUCAUCGGGUUGUCAUCGAUCUUCUGGCGUGAGGCUUGGAAGUACGGCGAGCGCGCAUUUCGGUACUGCAAUCACGACGUGGGUCAUGCUAUCGGCGCGGUUGCCAUUGCCGCCGCGGCACUUGGUUGGGAUGUGAAGCUUCUCGACGGUCUGGGUUAUAAGGAUUUAGAAAAGUUAAUGGGACUCGAAAUUUUUCCAAAAUUUCAAAUUCCGUCUCGACCUAUUAAAGGGAGGAUUCCCGAGAUUGAAUUCGAGCAUCCCGAUUGUGUUCUAGCAGUAUUUCCUAAUGGGGUGGGUAAAUUUGAUGUCGAUUAUAAAGAGUUGAGUUCUGCGAUUUCGGAAUUCUCGAAAUUGGAUUGGAAGGGAAAGCCAAAUUUGCUUAGCAAAGAGCAUGUUUGUUGGGAUAUAAUAUACAGAACAGCAGAGGUAGUUAAAAAACCAAUGACGAUAGGAAAUGGGUUCUUAGUUGAUCCAUUUCAGAGUAGUGGGCUUUAUAGUGAAGCUGCAUAUAAGGAUUUUACAGUUCGGGAAAUUGUUAGGAAAAGAAGAAGCGCAGUUGAUAUGGAUGGAGUUACUGUUAUGCAGAGAGAUACUUUCUAUCAGAUCCUCUUACAUUGUCUCCCUUCGAGUUCUCGAAAUAGAGGGAAGCAAAAGAGGCAAUUGACAUUGCCGUUUCGGGCUCUUCCAUGGGAUGCUGAGGUGCAUGCUGUUUUAUUUGUUCAUAGAGUGGUAGGUUUGCCACAGGGUUUAUAUUUUUUGGUGAGAAAUGAAGACCAUUUUGGUGACCUCAAGAAAGCUAUGAGGUCUGGUUUUAAGUGGACGAAGCCUGAGGGUUGCCCUGAUGGGCUCCCUUUGUAUGAACUGGAAAGAACUGAUUGUAGGCUUAUAGCUGAAAAGCUCUCAUGCCUUCAGGAAAUUGCCAGCCAUGGUUGCUUCAGUCUUGGUAUGGUGGCUCAUUUUGAGCCUACUUUGCGUGAGAAGAGUGUGUGGAUGUAUCCUCGAUUGUUUUGGGAGACUGGAGUUCUGGGGCAGGUAUUGUACCUUGAAGCACAUGCUGUUGGCAUCUCUGCUACAGGAAUUGGUUGCUACUUUGAUGAUCAUGUGCAUGAAUUGCUUGGGUUAAAAGGCUCCAACUAUCAGAGUCUAUAUCAUUUCACUGUGGGAGGACCAGUCCUGGACAAGCGGAUUAUGAGCCUACCAGCAUAUCCGGGCCCUGGUAUUGAUGCAUGAUGGGGAUUUUGUAUGUAUGCUUGGAUUAACCUCCAAAAUUUACUUGGUAUAGAUAUGCUAGAAAUUGCCUAAUAUUAACUAGUUGUUCUGAUUCUUAAUAAUGACCCACCAAAAAAGCAAAACAGAGAGAGACGCAUAUUCCACUGUAAAUUCUAGAAAAUUCUAUUCUGUCGCUCAAGUAAAAGUAAUUUUUAUGAUGUAAAGUGUAUAUUUAUCAAUAGGCAUAAAGUAUUGACAUUAUGAUGAAUUUUGUGUAGGUGGUAUAAUGCAAAGAGUAUAUUUAUAUUUGUUUAUUAAUGUGAAUAUAAUAUAGACAUUAUGAUGAA